AUGGACCAAAAACCGAUUGUUAUUGAUGAUUCCAAAAUUGAUAAUGAACCUUUGAUGUCCCCUGAAGAAACGGAAACGCAAUCGAAUACCCACAUACUGAAUACUGAUAACGAUUUUACUGAAAAAGAGCCUGAAAGUGAUGCUGAAGGUCUCUUAAAUAAACUUUCAAACAAAAAAACGAAUAAGAAAAUGCCAAAUAUCGCCGAAGAACUAGCUAAAAACAGAAACUAUGUUAAAGGAUCGUCACCAUCCCCUAUCCUUGUUUCUACGUCCUCUUCCUCAGCUCCUCCGUCGGGACCCCCAUCUUCUUCGGUAGGCAUACCAGCAAACCGAUUUAAUAAGAGUACCGUAGAAUCAUAUCAAUAUUCACCAACUUCCACCUUAUCUACAAGUAAAAUGAAUACAGAAGAAACAGGGCAGAAUAGUAAACGCAUGGAUCGCAGGACUUCUCUAGAGAGAGGGUCUUCCUCUUUUGCUACUAAUCAACUAAAAAUAUCAUCAUUGUUAACUAUAUCCUCUAAUGACGACACCAAUGUUUUUAAUGGCAACCCCUCUAUUAAUAGUAUUUCACCAGCUGACGCAGAGCUCCAUACGGACACAAAUAGUGUUGAAUCACUAACAAAAACCCCAAAUUCUCCCAGGAAUAGAUCAUUAACUCCUAAAGUUAUUUUACCCACACAAAAUAUGGAUGGCUCACUUGUGAAGGACCCCAAUCUAGGUGGUGAUACCCCUGGUAUUCUUAUAGCAAAGACUAGUUCUCCUGUAAAUUUCGACGUCGAAAGUACUGCACAAGUUCCUGCAAAAUUCAACAAAUCUAUCACACAUUCUCUGAAAGCUGCUUUAACUAAGGCACCGGCAGAAAAAGUUUCUUUGAAGCGCAGUAAUAGCUCGAUUACGAGUGGUGAUUCUAAUAUUAACUCCAAAAAACCUGCAUCCGAGAGGGCUAAGAAAUCAAACUCAGUUUCAGCGAUACUACCAAAGCCAGUAAACAAGACAUCAAAAAAGGCUACUAGUAGCAAUACCGAUUCCAACAAGAAAAAACCUGCUUCGAACAAAACUUCAUCUACCAUAAAGAAAGAGUCGAAUGCCAUCUCCAAGUCGAGUGCAAUUAAGAAAGAAAAUAGCUCUUUACCUUCCAUCAAAGCCACUGAAAAGGAGAAGGAUAGGAGUGGUAAUGGUACAGAUACAAAAAACUCCGCCAACAACGUUAAAAAGGAAAUAGCUUCAAAAUCUCCAAAAAAGCUAGUACCUGCACCAGUGAUCAAUUCACCCAAAGUUUUGCAGACAACGGAAGCUGAAGCAAAAGAGCCUUCAAUAUUGAUUGACAUCCCAUUGUACCAAACCGAUACAAACGAUUACUUGGAUGAAAACGGCCAGGUAAUUUUUAAUCUAUCAACUUUAAUAAAAGAAAAAUAUCAUCCAAAUAACAAAGAGUUAGCACAGUUAAAGGACUCUAAAAGAAAUUUAUUGACGCAGCUGAAUGAUCAUUCUAACGGCGCACUAGAAAAGGAAAAAGAUGAAGAAGGUGAUGUAAUAGAACUCGAUGAUGAUGAGGACAUGGAAGAUGAUGAAGGAGAACUAGAUACUGAGGCUAAUCCUGCGGCAACUACAACUUCUCCGAAGAAAAAAUCGCAUCCUAUGAAGGGCAAAAAUUUGAUUGGUAAAUAUGACGUCGAAGAUCCAUUCAUUGACGAUUCCGAAUUACUAUGGGAGGAGCAACGUGCUGCCACAAAAGAUGGGUUUUUCGUUUACUUUGGCCCACUAAUUGAGAAAGGUCACUAUGCAAGUUUGGAGCGUGCAAACGGUACCAUGAAAAGAGGCGGUGUCAAGAACAAAUAG